AUGCCGGGCCGGAGGCGGAGCCCCGUGUUCAGCUCGUGGAGGACCUACGUCACUGUUGCUGCUCUGGCCAAGAUGGCGGAGGCUGCGGCGUUACCCCCGCAUCGGUUCUUCUGUCACUGCUGUAAGGGAGAAGUAAAUCCCAAACUCCCGGAAUACACCUGUCCAAGAUGUGAGUCAGGUUUCAUUGAGGAAGUAACAGAAGACUCCAGUCUCCUAGAGGGUGGAGUAAAUGGAAUAGAUGACACAGCUACACAUUUUGCAGAGCUAUGGCACCUCUUGUUACUGGAGCGGCCAUUUAGAACAGACAAUGACACCUCUGACUCAGAACCUAGGCUCCCUCGGGGACGCCUGGGGGGUUUCAGUGAUCUUGGAGGGUUAGGAGGUGGACCAAUUGGGGGAUCCGUUCCAGCAGGUCUAGGGGGCCCUAUCGGGGGACCACUAGGGGCAGCAGAACACUGGGGACCAGGGCGUCCACCUCGUCUGUACACCCAAAGGAGAUACCGGUCCAGAGGCAGCAGUAGGCCAGAUCGCUCACCUGCUGUAGAGGGGAUUGUACAACAGUUUCUUGCUGGUCUCUUUGCACACUCUGAAAUCUCCGGCUCACCACCUCAGUCAUGGACAGAGAUGCUGCACUCUAACCCAGGAGAUUACGCAUGGGGGCAGGGAGGGUUAGACGCUGUGAUAACGCAGUUACUAGGUCAGUUGGAGAACACAGGACCUCCUCCAGCUGAGAAAGAGAAGAUUUCUUCUCUCCCAACUGUCAAUAUCUCUCAGGAACAGGCAGACUGCAGUAUGGAAUGUCCAGUGUGCAAGGAGGACUUUACAGCGGGAGAGCCGGUCAGACAGCUGCCCUGCAAACACUUCUUCCACUCAGGCUGUAUAGUCCCAUGGCUAGAAAUGCAUGACACGUGUCCAGUGUGCAGGAUGAGUUUAAACGGAGAAGACAGCAGCAAUCAGCCUCCGUCAGAGCCUCCUUCACUUUCCACGGACCCCCGCACACAGGAGAGAUGGUCCUUCUGAGACGCCCACCUGUCUCAUCCCUUAGCACACCUCACCUACAUCCAACGAAACGCUUUUCACUUCCUUCUGUGCAUCGCUAUCAACCAUUUCACUGACUUUUUGUAUUAUUUUUUUAAUGCCUUCCUCCUCAACCAUGCAACAUUCAGCUCUUUUAACAAUUCAUUGUGCACAAUAUGUUUUGUUUGCCUAAUGACAAACCAGCCCAGAUUGAUGUUUAUGCCAGCCGCACCUCUGCUUCCAAUCACCAAACAAAUUAUAUCUACAUCUUUCUUUAAAUGUACUACUGCUGAGGUAACAAUUCCAGAUUGAUAUAAUUUAGUAUACCAUCUUUCCUCACUCAAAGAUGAGCUAAAUCCUGCAACUGAGCCCUGUAAGGCACCUGGGAAGACUUAAGGGGAUAUUUUUUCCCCCCUUUGCAUUUACAUAGAAGGUUAUAACAUGAACACAUUCUGCCCCUCAAGGUCUUACAUGCAUAUUUCAUUUUUGGGGGAUACAGGAAGAAUUUGGCAACUUGGCUUGAUAGCAUUUAAUUUGACUGUACUGUAAAGGAGUUCACAUUGUCUUAGAACUCUGUAGUGUUUUUCUAUAAUAGAACCUAAAGUAUUUUAUAUGAAUAAUGCUAUUGGCCACAAACAGAAGCUGAGACUUCGGGUGAAUUGGAGGGCUGUGUUGUGACUUCUAGGGCUUCUCACAGUCUGAUAUUACAAAUGUAACGGUGAGAGAAUGAGAUUACGGCCCUCGGAGCUCUUAACAUGCCCACCCCCUCCCUUCAUGGUGUAUAUAUUAUAAACAGAUUGGAUCCCUCUUUCAUUUUAUUCUUCUCUUUAUGACCUUUGUUUCUCAUUUUUAUCACUUCUUUGAUGUAAAUAAUUUUAGUUCAGCAACUUGAGGUUUGCAAAGGAAACAAAAAACAUUGAGAAUGGAGAUGCAAAAGUGAAAUAAAAUACCUGUUUAUCAAACUGUAUAUUAUAUGAAAAAAUGUCUAAGAUGUAUUAAUAAAUUGACAAAAAAACUGGAA